AUGGCAGAGGCAAAAGAAUAUUGGCUAAGUAUAAAUUGCGAAGGGAAAGAUUUUCAGGUGAAAGUUGCAGACCUAGAGACUGCAAAUUUAUUAUUAAAUGAACCCAAACAAAAAGAUAAUCCUACUGGAGAAGAAAUAAUUUGGACCAGGAAAAAGCCUACUCCAAAAGAUAUUGAGGCAACUGCACUAUUGCUCUCAACUAGACAGAAAAUGAAUCAUUUAUUUGAUGACAAAAAAACUAGAAAGGCUAAAUUAUGGAAUGAUGUAGCAAACAUUUUUAAGGAUAAUAAUUUUAACUUAUCCGAAAAAGAAGGAAAACAUAAGGUUAAUCCUGUCAAUUUGGAAGACUCAAUGGAAAUUGAUGAAGAUGGAAAUAACCAUGAUCAGGGAGUCAGUCAAACAACUGAAUCAGACAGAGAAAAUUAUGCAAAUACGGAAAUGGUAGAUGAAAAUGUACCAUGUGGCUCAAGCCAAUACACACAAAGGUUUAAAAAAGCAAAGAGAACAGUCACUCCAUCCAAUAAACAAGGUACUUUACUCAAAGAAAUUCAAAUAGAUCGAAUUAAUAGAAGUAGAGAGUUUGGCAUCUUUAAAGAACAUCUUGACAAGUCAAGGGAGCAAAAAGAUCGCUUCUUAAACAUUUUAGAACGUGCAUUUGGCUCAAAAAAAAGGUCGAGGCAUUCAAGUGAUUCAGACUGA